AUGCUAGAAUGGCGACCCCUCACAGGUAAACUCAGCGUUGGUCGGCCCCCAACGAGGUGGACAGGCGACAUCAAAUGGGAGACGUUGGAAACAACCGGCCAAGAACUGUUUAUUGUGGAACUGCUUAAAAAAGACCUGCCAUCCUUACAAAAGACCUGUCUAAGCGGUCUCUACAUGGUACUUGCAUCAGUAACAGAUUAUAAGUUAUCAAUGAGCAUUCUUAUUUUGAUAAUAACUGCGCCACUGAUUGCUCUGUGCUUGAUAAGAAGUUUGAAAUAUUUAGCGCCGUUUUCAUUAGUUGCCGAUUUAAUUAUUGUUACAUGCGUCCUAACCACGAUUACGCAUGGUUUACUCCGUUUCCUUGGCAUAUGCAUAUAUAGCAUCAACGGAAUAGGCGUGACUCUACCUAUUGAGAACAAUAUGCGGAGACCGGUGUAUUUCAGGGCUGUUUUGCAAUGGGGUAUGCCAUUUGUAGUAACAUUGGUCAUGAUAAUUGGAUUCUUCGGUUACUGGGCUUGGGGAGAACCGUGCCGCUCCCCGUUCACAGUUCACAUGCCUUCGAAUACGAGGCGUGGAGUAUGGGAACGUUUAUAUAGAACUGUAUACGUGUUCAUGAUAUCGUGUCUGUCAAUAGCAUUUCCGAAUAUGAGCAAUUGGAUGAGUUUUAGUGCGGCGGGCAGCUGGGUAUUGCGGGUGGAUGUGCGUUCUCACUAA